CAUCACCAGGAGAUUAUUUAAAUAAUCCGAGGAUUCGCUGGACAAUCGGCAGCGACAGCAGCAGCAGCAGUAGCAGCAGCAGCAGGGGAUCACCAAUUUUUUUUUAAUGCAUUAAUUACAGUCAGUCAAUUGGUCCAAUUGCAAAUUGUCAUUGGUCCCAUUGAUUUGACCUAUAAUUGGAGUAAUUAUCCAACUAUUGACUGAUUAUUAACUGAUAAUUAACUGAUAGUUAAAUAAUUAACUCCUAAUUAAUUGGAGUUAUCUUGAAUGCAGGUCAACACCUCAAUCGCUGGAUAAUUGGGAAAAAUAAUCUCGUAAAUCAGUGGCUCGAGAGAUUGUAGAUGUAAUCUACCGGUGGAAUAAAAUCCGCCCUGAAAAGUUGGACUGACAAGUUUGAGGGGCUGAAACACCCACUGGCAAACAGUCACGAAUAGUUUCACUAACUUUCCAAGACGAUUUUCGAAUGGUUUGGGACACAAAGUGCUUUCAACUUUCAAGUACCGACACUGGAUACGAAUUAGGUGGACAAGAGACAACGAGAAACUCGUGAAAACGUGAUGUCGGGAUACGACUAUGCGGAACCAUCGACAUCAUCAUCUAGAAAAACCGCGGAUGAUAAACCCUCGAUUCUCGUUCAGAAAUCAGUGAGGGGUCCCUUUGGAUCAAACUACAUCAGGCCCAUCAAGGCUGGGCCCUUUCGGGCCAAAUAUCCACCGAAAAAAAAGAAAAAAAUUCUCAAUUUCCUGAACAACUCAUCCAGUGAUUCAAUAGUAACAGUUUUGAAUGGAAAAAAAUGGAGAAGAACGAGAUACUCCAACAGAAGAUACUUGCCCUCUGGGGAUCGACGGAGUGAUUGCUAUAUUGAGGUCAGUUUCGAGAAUUGUGGGCUGAGGUUCACCAGGGGAGGAGAACCCCAGAGCUACCGGGAGGCACUGAAGUGCUUCAAGAGGACCAGAUGCUGUAAGAUUCUCAUCUGCUUCAUUUGUGGAUUUGUUCUUCCUACUUUUAUUAUUUUUAUGGUUCUUCUUGUCUCGGGAAUCUGACGGCAGGCGUCCCGUCAUUGUAAUAAUUAACAUUUUCAUAUUUUUUUCACCUAAUUUGGGACUUUUGGUUGUGGACAACUGGAAUUUGUGGCCUACCUUGA